GAUGAUAAACGCAAACAAUUUUUAAUCGUGCACAACGACUUAAUUUAAGCAACGAACAGUUUAGAGUCAGUGAAAAUUCAAGUUCCCCUUCUUAAAACGAAGGACCUAUUGUUCAUACACAAACAUAUUUUAUAUACAAGAUUUAUGAUAUAUGCGAAUACAAAAACAAAUUUAUGAGAUAUGUUUCGAGCAGUGCAACGCGUGCUAUCGUCAAGGAAUGAUCAUCGCUUUAUCGUGAUCGCCGUUUCACGUAACAUAACGUCUGAUAACAGCAAAGUCACGGCGAGAGACUCACAACAAGCAAAAAAAUUCAAUACGACGGAUAUUCUGAUUCGAAGCAAUUCGACGCGAUCAGGCGAGAUGGUUAAAGCAAAAAAAUACGUGCUAGUAAAGCAUUUCGUGAACGAUCCAAAACCCACGGAUCUACAAUUGGUGGAGGAGGAGUUGCCGCCUUUACAGAAUGAAGAAUAUCUUGUGGAAGCCGAGUAUUUUUCCGUAGAUCCGUACAUGAGACCGUACGUGCAAAGAUAUCCGGUUGGAAUUACGAUGAUCGGAAGCCAGGUCGCUAAGAUUGUGGAAUCCAGAAAUCCGAAUUAUCCAAUCGGCAAAAGAGUUGUCGGCAAUUUGGGCUGGAGAACUCAUACGAUUGUCAAUCCAAAGAUCAACGAAAAAGAUGACAUGAUGAAACAGCGACCAUACAUUUUGCCGGACAUUGACGAUCUGCCACCCUCUCUCGGUUUAGGCGUGCUGGGAAUGCCAGGCAACACAGCAUACUUCGGCUUAAUGGAAAUAUGCAAGCCAAAAUCUGGCGAGACAAUCGUCAUUAGCGGUGCGGCCGGUGCGGUCGGUUCCCAUGUAGGUCAGAUCGCCAAAAAUCUGGGGCUCACUGUUAUCGGUUUAUGCGGCUCCGACGAGAAAUGCGAAUGGCUCAAGGACUUGGGUUUUGAUGCUGCCAUUAAUUAUAAGACCGCGCAAGUCGCGGUAACUCUACGCAAACUCGCUCCACAAGGCGUAGAUUGUUAUUUCGAUAAUGUCGGCGGAGAUAUCUCUAGUAUAAUUAUAUACCAGAUGAAGCCGUUCGGUAGGAUAGCUGUAUGCGGUAGCAUCUCGACCUACAAUGCGGAUGCUUCAUCCUUACCCAAGUGCACCGUUCUCCAACCUGCGAUGGUAUACAAUCAAGUGAAGAUGGAGGGAUUUAUCGUUUCACGUUGGUUAAAUCGCUGGAACGAGGGAAUCGAACAUAAUCUGCAGUUGAUCCGCGAAGGCAAGCUCCGUUAUCACGAGACCGUGACCAAAGGUUUCCAGAAUAUGUUCGACGCUUUUGUCGGCAUGUUGCACGGCAAGAAUAUCGGGAAGGCAAUCGUCCAAGUGUAAAAUCGACGUUACGAAUACCAUCGUGUAGUGCGUCUUGUAUAAUAAAUGACAUAUCCUUGAAA